CGAACAAGCAUCCCAACCAAGAAACCCUUCCAAAGCCCCUCCCCGUCACCUCUCCCUCCUGCGUGCUGCCAAAGGGGAGCGUCCAAUCGACACACUCACUCCCACCCAUCCCUUCGCAGCGUGUUCGCCUCUACUUCCGCCUACAUUCAUGCGCCUAUAUGGGCGGAUCUUUCGUCGUCUCCAUUCAUGCGCCCAUAGAGGCGCGUCUGGCGCCUACAUGGGCAUGUCGGACGCGGGCUUACUUAUCGGGCUCUAUAGGCUGGCGUCUCCGUCUAUAUCGACGAAAUCCGCGCAUAUGAAGAGAGCACUGCCUCAUCUCAGAUGAAGAGGCAGCCUUCGAGCAGCAUCACUUUGACCUUCGAACUGCCAGUGUGGGUACUGGGGGCUAUCCGCAUGGUCGAAGCUGGCUUGAGGAGGUUGCUGUUCAUUGUUACUGAAAACGGAGCAGUAACGGUAGAGACCGGAAAGGAAGGCUACGUUCUUCUUGAACCAAGACACUUAGCAACCAACACCGACUGGUAUUCUUAUGUCCUGCUUGCCCACACAGUAGGAUGAUGCAGCGAGGGCUGCGCGCGUCUUCAUCACCAUGUUCACUAUUCAAAGAAACAACGCUUUCCUUCUUGUCGCAUUGCCCCUGUCUUUAUUCGGAAUACAAUGCCUCAUCGCUGGACAGGUGUAAUAUUAUAUAUGUUAUUCGCAAUUGAACUGUGUGUGAGUGUGUCCUCAGGGUGCUACGACAUUUGAAGACGUAGUGAGUGUUGAUGAGGGCUUCUACAUGAAUGACUGGAAGUGCUUCUGUCCUGGCCUUGGCGGCUCCUGCUAUGGCGAGUGCGGCCGAGGGUACGACGCUGCUGAGCUAACCAGCAAGGACACGUUCAGGUACGGGCGUUUCGAGACGAGUUUGCACCGGGAUGAUGUCGAGGGAACAGUAGCAACCUUCUUCCUCUUCAAGAAUGACAGCGACAAAGUCCGUGGGGCGUUGUGGAAGGAGAUAGACUACGAGGUGCAUGGCUUGGGCGGCCAUGCCGCGACGCCCAUCCAGACCAACAUCAUAACGGGCAACUUCAAAGACCGCAACAGAUCCCCGCAGUACCUCCCAAUGCCGGGUCACCCCUCACAGGGUGAGGCUCAGGCGGAUGCUGUCAAGAGAGGUUUCCAUCACAUUGCGCUUGAGUGGACCCCCGACUAUGUCGCAUGGUACUUCGAUGGAAGACGCGUUCGGCUCGAUACGGCCUGUGGCGCUGGAUUGCAUUGCAGUCCCCAAACCUCUGAGUUGACGGACCCGAUGAAUCUUCGUCUGUCCCUGUGGCCAUGCAACCCCCACUUCGAGUGGGCCGAGUCGUGGGCCGUCAGGUUCGAUCCCGCCUCGGUCCCUCUUACCGCGUAUUUCGAUUAUGUCAGGACAUACGACUACGACCCGAUCACCAAGGGUGUAUCCAAUAUCGUCUUUCCCCCAGGAAUACCGUUUCCUGCCCAAUUCGCUUGUAUCAGGUUUCAUUCCAAAGUGGACAGACGAGUUCGGGACGCUCAAUGCGACUCGAUGGGAGGCCAGCACUCACACCUUCGACGCACAAUUCAAGCCGAAUAAUGCUGCCAUUGUCAAGGCGGAGGAGACUGACCCGCUGUCCGACGGGUCGUACCUUUCUUUGUCCAUUACAGACAAGAACGCCACAAUCGAUGUCCUCCCACCCGACUUCCAGAGGCCCACGUACGACGAAUUCAACGUUAAGCCACUAGAAUGGGUCUACGAUGAUUGGAACCCGCCAUCCAAAAGCUAUUUGCUGGAGAGCGAGGUCUGCAAAGGCGAAGGUGUCACGAGUGAGCCGGGCAAGCGAUACGAGGGAGGCUGGGUAACCUUCACGACUGUAUUGGUUGAGGGCCUGCCCAACUUUGGCAAUACCCGGAUCGAUGAGACGGACGCUGUGCAGAAGUGCACGGCCAUGUGUGUAGACCACUACAACAGCAGCGAGUGCCGCUUCUUCACGGUCUUCUCUGUCGAGUCCACCCAGUACUGCAGCGGCUUCAUGACCCCCGAGAGAGAGAGAUCAGCGAUAGCUCUGCCGUGGCGGGUUUCAUCUGCUCACAGCCUGACUCACAGGCCAAAACAGUUGAGCCCGCAGCCGACGGUCAUAUGGAGUUAGAAGCGGAGGCCGAGGCGCCAACCGCUUCUGCUGAAACGGAGACAGAGGCGUCGACCUCUCCUAAACCCCUGGGGGAGCCGGAGGAGGAAACAGUGGUACCAGACACGCCCGAGGUGAUCGAUGAGGCCUCCGAUGAGUUAAUCUGGGCAGUCGAGGGGCAGGAUAGCACUAGCCUUGUGCCCGUCGGCAGCCCGCUUGAGCCAUCCGAAGGAGAGGCAGCUUCAGUGAUCAAGGUGGAACCAGCUGACAUGAGCGAGACAAAUGAGGUUUCAACAAAAACAGAAGGCGACAUUCCCAUCUGGCUUAUUCUCGUUGUCAUUGCUGCUGCUCUACUCCCGGUGACGGGCCUGGUCUUCUUCUUCUUCGCUAGAGACAGGAGGUCCAAAAGCGGGCCCGAAGCAGCGCAGCGCACUCACACCGCGACAAGUUGGGUAUCAGUGUGAGCGGCUUCCCUUGGCGAACGCAUCCGAAUGAGCCGAUGCGUGUACGUGUGUAUGCUUGCUUUGCGCGACACGCCAUCCUUCGUAGGUGUUUUUUGCCUCAUGAAGCGAAAGCAACAAAAGCGGCUGGCCGGUCCACCGAGACAUGUUUUACCUCGUCCGGUUGUAUGUGUGUAUGUGUGUGUGUUUUUUUUUCUGUUUCUUAAGACGCACACAGACCUUUUUUUUUAAGACGCACACAGACACCCGUGGACAACACUACACAUACGCAAACAGCAAGACCGCCUCACGUCCAGUGCAAGCGUGCGUGUCCAACCGAUCAUGUGUGUGUCGAGUGAAGAUGUUUCGAUCCUUGUCGAGGCAAGAGGAUGGAUGGUACGGCUCAUCCACAGCUAGCUAUGGGCUUGAAGGGGUGACGGUUUUUAUCCCAAGACGCAAGGGUUCAAAGGGCCUAACCACACAUCAUAGACACACGGCGAAGGCCGACAGGCUUCAUCACAGACAAAUCCUCAGUGCAAAUCUGAACAGCUUCA